AUGCCGCGGGCUCCUGCGGUGAAGCGCUACUCGCUGUUUCAGCGCUCAGUGCGCGUGGUGCAGACAUCCAUUCGUCGUGCAGACCGCUGGCUUGCCGUGCGAGUGCCAGGUUUGCCAAACCCACCCGAGAUUGAGGAGAAACAGCGGAAGCCCCACUUUGUAGACCUGUGGGAACUCACUUUAGCCGACCAUCGCCGCAUCUUCCACGAGGUUUGGCAGGAGUACAAGGCGUCAUUCGCUGGUCCGACCGAAGAGGAGCUGGAACAAAGCAAGGAGGAAGUCAAGCGAGCGGUACAGGCUGUUCGUGGCCAGGUCUCGAGCACUGCAAGCAAGAACUUAAGCUUCAUUGACAAGAGUUUGGAGGGCACCAAAGCUCACAAUAAUCUCCACACGCUGGGCGAACAAGGAGCCGAGAACGUCAAAUUCCUCACCAAGGAGAUUAAACACGUGGCCGAGGGCGUAGACACGGACGCCGUGGUCUCUCAUGCCAAGCAAGUGGUGGACGACAGUCGCAGUAAAGACGACGUGGCCACGACUCUCAAGAAGAACGUGAACGAGCUGCGUCACCUCGCGAAGGAGGGACGAGACGCUGCACUGAAUUUGGAGAAGAAGGACGUUGAGACUUUCAAGACCAGCGCGCAGUCGUGGUUCGCAGACAAGCUGUUGGUGGGGCAGUCGGUGCUCAUGGCCUUCAUUGAAGGCUACCGAGAAGGGAAGCAACUGGAGAUGGAACGCGAGGACGCUUUGUUGAUCACGUUCGCGAAACAAGCAGCAGAAGACCACAAGGAUAUCAUCGAGAACCAGAUCAAGAAGAUCAUGGACCAACAGCGAGAACAGCAGCGACAGGAACAGGAAGCUGCACAAAAGGCUGGAGGCUCGGAGAAUGAGGUGCCUGGGCAGAAGACCCCAACCAAGCCAAGCAGCGGCACUCCAUCAGCUUCAGUCCAAGAUAAAUCUACUAGUGCAGUAGGCACAGAGCAGCAAGGUGACAAACCUAUCACGAUAGACGAAGAAGCCAAGCACAGGUAG